UUAGAAACGAUUCUACAGUUAGCGAGGGAAAAUAAGCAUGGAAAAAAACGCGUUUUAUACAGUUCUACGGGAAGCGGUGGAGCAGUGCUGCGAUGAGCUGAAUAAAUCCUCUUAAAGAAGAGCGUCCAAGGCUGCGGGCACAUUGACAGAGCCAGACUGGGUCCUGUAACAGGCAGUGCUGCUGGUGGGAGGACAGUUUGAGAUUUCGACAGGAUGACCCUCUCGCACUUGAAAGAUAUCGUCCGGAGAUGUCAGGCUGUCCAGGAUGACAACUUCAAGCCGGAGGAUUACGAACUGUUUCAGAUCGCCGGGCGGGAGGUCGUUGAGCAGGGCGGCAGCGCGCAGCUCCUGGAAGUGAUCAAAGAUGAGAAAAACAAGAACAUCGUGAGGGCGAUGGGAUGGAGUCUGCUGGGCCCUCUGGUGAAGGUGCUCAUCGAGAAAGAGGAGGAGAGUCUUCCUCACUGCCUGGCUAUUUUUACCCACAUACUAGAGGUUUGCAGUCCCAAAGAACUGCUCGUAGGACUGCUGGAGCAAGUUGAGGAUGCACAUCCGGACUCCAUCACGGACACUGUCAUCCUUCUGCUCCAGCCCCUCCAAAAAGUGCUGCUGAAGCUGGGCAGUAAGAAGGCCUCAUCCGUGGGCAUGGCGCUGGCGACGGUGCUGAGUCAGGUGGCGCGGCUGCCGGUGCCCUACACGGCGGCGCAGGAGGAUGAAGACGCGUUCGGCCUGUGCCGCUGCUGUGCCGCGCUGCUGGCCUUCGUCGAACCCUUCGUGCAGGAGGUUCGGCUGAGCCUGGGGAAGGGCGGCCUCCAGGACGACGAGCUGAGGACCGAGCUGCUCAAGUUCUGUAUGAAAUGCCUUAAGGAGCCACUCAUGGAGGCAAAUCUAAAGGAGGACCCAGACUCUUCCCAGAAGUUUCCCCUUAGGAGGUUCGCCUCCGAGAUCCUGCUCAUCCUGUCUAGCAUCAGGGAGGCCCUUCCCAGCCUCCUGUUCCACCACCUGCUGAAGCGCAAGGAGGAGCCAGGUUUCUUGGAGGAGGACGUCCGGUACCCCAGGGAGUCGCUGGCCUGCUUGGCCUACUUGCUGUUUGUGGAGCACAUUGGUUCAGAGAGCUUCCCUGCUGUCUUCAGCCCCGUGUUUGUCCUGCAGUGUAAUAUGGAGUACAUCGAUCUUUUACUGAGCAGAAAGGAGGAGUCGCGCUUGCAAAAGGGACUGGACCUGUAUGAGAAGAGUCUGGUGAGGCUGGAGGACAACAGCUUACCUGUGAUGCUGCUAGAGCUCAAGACCUUCCUCAGUGUUCCUCAGAACCUGGUGAACGUGAUGACCUUAUGUCCAAUUCAGAAUCUGAGAACCCGUGCUCUCUCUGUGUUCCAGCUGAGCAUCGAUAAAUUCGAUAUGGAGGCCAAGUACAAGUUCUUCAGAUGCAUGCUGAAGACGAGCAGCCAUGCUGGCGUUGAGGGCUACGUCAUUAAGAAUAUCAGAAAUCAGAUUGACUUUGCUCUCAAGCCUGGCAAUGGAAACCCCUGGUUCCUGGGUAUACACCUGCUACCCCUCCUCCGCCUGGCACUGAGCCUCCCCCAGGGCCCGGAGACAGACCUGCUGCAGGGCUUGGACAGGAUUAUGGAGUCUCUCAACCUCCUGAGAUACCUGCUGCUCAGGGACAAAGAGUCUGAGAACGAGACGGGGAUCUGGACGGAGCUCUACAGGAUCGAGGACAGCUUCAUGAAGCCUCUGCGGCUGGGGCUCAAUAUGUCACGAGCCCACUAUGAAGCGGAGCUCAAGAGCGUUCGGGAGAGCAGAAAGCUAAGAGCUCGAGAGGCCAAAGCUGGUGGGCCCGUUUGCACUGUGACAGUGGGAGGCGAGAAGUUGCCCAACAUGACCCCUGAGAUGCAGCUUCAAGUCCUGCAGUCAGCCCUGAACACUUUCGAUAUGAUCGAGAUCGUACUGGCUCGAAUUGAGGAAAUCACAGAGGUAAAGCCAAAUGUCUAACAAGGAGAAGAAAUGGGACUGAUCCUUAUACUAAACUCACCUGUGUUCAUUUUAUUUUUUUAAACUGUGGCAGUGCUCUGCUUUCCCCUCUAUUACAUGUGUACAUGAAGAAUAUUAUUUAUGGAAAGAUGAUAGAGAUGCUAGCGGAUGCUGUUGUUCCAUUUUUACCUGACUAGUAAAAUUUAUGCUGCUAGAAGUGACUGCUGAAGUUGGUGAACUAAGAUGGCUUUGUAUUUGCAUGGUCAAGGACGUGCAUGUGACAAUUUUUUUUUUUUUAACACAAAACACCAUUUUUUAAAA